AAAAAAGGGUAGUUGGGGAGUACCAGAACAGGGAAGUGAGAGUGGCUUGAGUGAGAAAAUGAUACAGAGAGAAAUUUUUAAAUAUAAAGAAAUAAAAGAGCAAACGAAAGGAUUUUCAUCUUAAAGCGAAUGAGAUAAAACUAAGCCGUUUGAUAAAACGCAUUUAUUAAAAUAACCAUGUGGUUGUUAUCAUCAUUUCAUUAUUUUUGUUAUGGAUUUAUACCUCAAACAUCUGUUAGGUUUCAAACAAUAUAUAAAGAGAAAAAAACAGUUUGUUGGCGGCGUCUCUUUCUUUUUCUCCAUCUCCUACUCUCCCUUAAGGGAUUUCUUUUGAAUUUGAUACGAAUCGUGUUAGAUGUUCUGUUGAGUUUUUAUCGAUGCGAAGACUACAGACUCACUCCCACACCUCUUUUAGUUACUCAGGCCUAUUUAGAGUUUGUUUUCUUUUCAUUUCUCAUAUUGUCUGUAAAUUCUGAAGAGAAAUUCGCCGAUUUUUACUCUUUGAUAGAUGAAGAGAAUAAUCAUAAAAGACAACUUUUUUAAUAGCUUCUUCUUUCUCUUUAUUCCCAUAUAUUUUCACUUUAUCUCCUCUGAACAAACAGGUAAGCAAACGCAACGCACCGAUAUAACGAAUUUCAACUUGUCACCGGUAACUCCCCCUAGCGACGAUGAAUUUAAAGAUAACGAAGCCAAUCUAGCCAAACCGAUAACGCCACCUUGGACGCCUACGCCAGAGACGUCGCCACUUUUGAAGAGGAAAGACGAGGAGGCACAUUCGAUUCGCGGUUUACAAUUAUCAGAAUACGUUUUGAAUGAGCACAAUUUCAUGCUUGAACCAGACUACGAUUAUCCUUUGGAUUCAAUGAAGUGCCAAGAUCCGCCUCUUGACUUAAAUCUACCGCAAUCCUCAUCUUUAAAUGAAAUAUCCGAAGCGUCUAGGGCGUCAACGGAAGAAAGUAGCGUCUCUGACGAAACUCGGCAAAUUUUAGCUAAUCCGCCUAAAUCCCUAUUGGAAACGCUACGAAUCCGACGGGAUGAAUUUGCAAAAAAAUCGAAAAAGGCGGAAAUAUGUGGUAACGAAAUCAAGAAACGGAGAUAUACUAAAAGCGUCAUGAUGUAUGAAGAAGCAAUAAAAGCUCACAGAACCGGUCGUCAUUUUGACCUUGAUGAACUUCCUACACCGCCCGGCUUCCCCUCUAUGCAGUUUGGCUUUAGUGAGAGUUCAAGCGAAGCAUCCAAUUCAAACCUUGCACCAUCAACAAGGAGUUUAUCACCCUUUGGUAGCUUGCAAUCGAAAUCGGACGAUGAACUCGACUUUCCAAUGCACGUCACUAGAAUAAAACGAAUACUGGAGAGAAGAAAAAAUGAAUAUGAAAACGCGGUACUUGAAGCUCUUGAAAGGGACGAAAUUGAGAAAUAUGAAAAGUUCAAUACUGCCUUACAUAAUAUUGAAGAUAUGUUGAAAAAUUUAAAUAUAACUGGAAGAGUGGAACGUUUCCGUAUUCCUCCUCCGCCUAACGCAAAGACAUUACCGGCUGUUAGUUUCGAUUCUGGCAUAAUGGACGCUGAAAAUAGGGAAGAAAAAUUUCAUAAAAUUGAAGCAGAACUCAAAGAUCAAAUAAAAUUCUGCGACGAAAAUCAGGAAAAGUGUUUUGAAUAUGGUCAUACAAGUUUGGCCGAUAAGUUCAAAGACUGGGGAAAGAAGACAAGGAGAGAAUUGAGUUCAUUAAAAAGAGCUUUCAGAAAUGAUGACAAACUCCCUGAAUUUCUGAAAGAAAGCCGGAGCUUUAGCUAUGCCAAGUCAUUUCCUCACCUGGAAAGCGAUGAACUAGAAAUUUUGGCUAUUCGCGCUCACAAUCUUCCAAUACCGGACGGUUUUACUGCUCAGAGCUUGGUAACGCUCCUAAAGUACGAAUUUGCUCAUCCCAAAGAUAAUCCUCAAUCAGGAGAUUUGAGCAGCCCGGUAAAAGGAACUUCUUAUCCUGAAUAUCGAGCUACAAAAAAUCUAAAAAUCGUUAGAAAGUCAUCGUCUUUACCAAGGCUUUACGAGCUGUCCCUGAGGAUUGACUUACUAUAUAAACGAGGAUUUAUGAAGAGCGAUAAAGUACUUGGUUCGACUUUUCUCAAGUUAGACUCACUAAAGGCUCAUUGUGAAUGCCAAAAGGCCUAUGACCUUUAUCAAGGGCAGAAAAAAGUCGGAGGCCAGUUGGAGGCAAGAUUAAGAGUGAGAAAACCCUUGAACGGAAACGUUGAAGAAUUAGAAUUCAACAGAGAAUGGCUAUCAAUGAUAUCUUUCGACGAUAGUAGCAGUAGCACAAGUGGAGAUAAUCAUAAGAAAUAUGCAAAAAAUCGGUAAUGCAACAAAUUUACACUUGAAUAAGCAUCUUACCUAAACUGCACACGUUUCGCCCACUAGAUGGAGACAAUUCAUUUUACCUAUCUCCCUUGUUUGCGUCUAGUUUGUCCCAAAUGGUUAGGCGAUCCGUUUUUUCCAUACGUCUUUUAGCGUGACGCAGUUGAAAGAGACGUCGUAGGUUUUUCUUUUUUUUUUUUAUCAACAAAGACGCUUAAGCAAUUAUUCAUAGCAUAUUUGAUUGAGCAAGAAAUUCGGUUAGUAAACUCGUGUCAGUUGCUGGAGAGAUCUUUUUAAGAAUUUUCUAUAAUCUUCAAGGGAAUUUGUCAGGAUAAAAUAAGCGAAUAAACCAAGGAUGGCUAGAUUUUGGUCAUUUAUUUCAUUUUUUUUAAACCAAUAAGGAAAAAGUUGACUAAAAUAAGGAAAGAAAUAUAAAUAAUAUAUUAUAUUUAUUAUCGCGCAUGCGUAGAGAUAAGGGAUUAGUUGAAAAAUGUUUUUUUUUAUUUUUUUGUACUAGUUACAAGAGAUAAGAGAGGAGAGAGAGAGAGAGGACUAGAGAGGGGAAGGGGUUAGAAAGAGAAAGAGACAGAGGAAGAGGGAAGAAGAUAGGUUUAUUUAUAUUAAUAUAACUAACGAUUAAUGAAAUAUUUAUGGAUACAGAUAAAUAUGCGUAAGAUAAACGGGUAACAAAAAGAAUACCGCCCCUUUAAUGUUAACCAUUGAAGUAAAUAUAACGUACAUAAGCUACAUAUAAUUUGUUAUUGUUUGUUUUUAUACAGCCAGAGUGUUUUGUAAAGACUUUACGCUAAGCCCACCCAAUAUUCUUCAAUAUAGGUUUUAUUUCAUUGAUAGUUCUAUAUACAGUAUAUAUGCGCGUAUAUACUGUAUAUUUAUAUAUUUUGAAAAUGCACUAUUUGCUAUAUGGAUAACAUGAAUUAAUCAUAGUCUGAACAGUUUGCAGUAUGAAAAGCAUAUUGCACUAACAUUGUUUGCCUAAAGCAUUAGACUGUGCCAAAUGUAAUCAAAUCCGCCAAUAUUUUCGCGCCAAUAUACUUAAUCCAAUAACUUCACCCAAAAUAUUCUUUGCCCCUGCAGACCCGAAAAACUGGUAACGCCCUCUGCAAUACAUUCCCUGCAAGUGCUCAAAUUUGAACGAGAACUGGUCUGCGCCCAGUUAAGUAGAAGAAAUUCCUUAACUGCUGCUCAAUUAGCGAAAUUAAGAAGGAAACACGAAAAACUGGGAGAGUUGAGUGAGAAAACUCAUAAUAAUUUGAAAAAGGGUGGAAUUCCUGCAUUAGAGACUUAUGUUGAAAAUGUUAGGGAGUUGUGCGAUUCUUAUAGCGUUGAGAUAAAAUCCUUGAAGAAGGCGGGUGAAAAAGAGUCUUCGAAAAUCUUAGCAAAAAAGAAGGAACUUGCAGAACAUGAAAUUAAACGCAUUACUGAAAGGUUGAAUAAAUUGAAAAAGUAGGAUUCUCUUCUUUUUUCUUUCCUUUUCUCAAUCAAUGCAUCUCUUCUAUCAAGUUGGAAACAUUUUCAGACCAUUCUUCAUAAUAUUUUCAUUUUCCUAUAGAUUUAGCUUCAGAAUAUAAAAAACAAAAAUUAAAUAUACUUGUAUACAUUCCCUCCUCACCCCUCUCCUAAGGAGAAUAUACUAUAAUACAAAUGCUCGCUUUUGUACUUCCGGUACAAAUUAUAUAUUCUAUUCGUAUAUUAGUAUAUCCCUAUGUAUACAAGUAUAUCUUAAUAUAUUUCGAGUAUUGUUUUUUCCUUUUUUGUAUAUUGCGUAUUAUUAAUAAGAUACAUAGUGUAAAAAAAACAAACAAACAAACAAACAAACAAAAUAACCCAACAACUAUCUGCAAUACUGCUUUACGGUGCUGUAGUAAUGUUAUAUACUACGAUUGUACCUUAUUCUUAUAUAUGCAUAUACAAUUUCCUGUAUAAAAUAUUAUUUAUGAUUACGUAUACGGUCAUUUACUAUGUUUCGUAUACUUUGUUCUGCUAAAUAUAAUACUGUAAAGAAAGAAUGAGAAAAACUGCAAAGAAAGAAAGAUAGUGAACGGUAUAGCGAAUGAGAGAGAAAGAGAGAGAGUGAGAAUGAGAGAAUGAGAGAGUGAAAGAGACAGAAAGACAGGCAGACAAACAGAAAAGAAAGAAGGAAGAAAAAAGUAGAGAGCAGUAUAUAAAUAAUGUUGCUGGUGAUGACGAUGAUGAUAAUAUUGAAAGGAAUUUUUUUCGGUCAGCUCCCUUGAGAAAGUAUGUACUGCACAUUUUGAAUUCUUUUUUCACUGUUGUUGUUUUUU